AUACCAAAUCAAUUCUGAUGUAAUUUUAUAGUUAUACAUGCUGAUAGAGUAUAGUGUCUCACUGGUAUAUAUACAUGUUUGCAGCUUUUGAAAUGAAAUAGUUAUUUUUGAUUUCUGAUAUCAAUUAUUGCCUCAUAAAAUUCUACGCAACAAACUUGUGGUGGAUGAAACACAUGGCAGAGAAAUGGUGUUUAAACCCUUCAUGGCAUCAUUUGCCAAUAUUUUUGGGAGUAACAGCAUUUUUUGGAAUGAUAACAACAUAUACUCUUGCAAAAAAUAACUGUCAUGUGGAAAAAUGGUUCCUACCUUACAUAAGCUACACUGGAACUGAACACCCUGAGUCAAGCAUAUUUGGAUUAAUCUUAAACACAGAAGGAUUUAUCGGCAUUGUUGUUGUUAUAUUGGCAUGGAGAUUUAUGCGACACAUGGAUCAAAGAAGUCAUCUCAAUAGUGCUGCAUUGAUAUCAGGAAUUCUUAGCUGUUUUGGCGUUGUAAUGGUCGGUAACUUCCAAGUUAGCAAAAAUAAAGUUCCUCACUAUGUUGGAGCUGGUCUCGCUUUUAUUGUCGGAACGGUUUACUGCGUGCUAUCAAGUAUACUGACCCAUAAAUUGCACAGGGCUGUUGCCAGGAAGUCUGUGUGCUCCAUUAUUGUCUGCAUCCUCCGCUUUGUAUCGGCAGGCAUUAUGAUUUCGUCAAUUUGUAUUUUGACAGUACUUGGUUGCCUUAGACUUGAGUUUAAUGUUGUUCACAAAAACGAAGAUUUAAAAGAAUUAAUUGCACCUUCUUUGGAGCCACCUGUAUAUCGUUUUCCUAAUGGAACAUGUAUCCCAAUCAUUCAUGAUGUGCCUUUGUAUAAACGAUAUUUGGACUUGGCAGGGUCUGUAACAGAAUGGCUUUUAACAGGCUGUUUAUUGUUCAGCUUAGCACUGUAUGCAUAUGAGUUCAAGCAUUUUAAUAAUGUUAAAAUCAUUUUAAAAAGCCGUGGAACGGAACUGAAUUUUUCACUAUUGCAAAGCAAGAACCAGCAAACAUCGCAGAGAACUAAAUAUGUUUUUGUUUCCUCGCCUGAAGCAUCUUUGCUGAGUCAUGCACACAGUGACACAACCAUUCUGCACCAUGUUUGUGAAACACCCAGCAGUCGGGUCUCUGAUGAAAUAACUUUUGACUGUCAAGGUAGUUAUAAAAAUAACAACAGAAAACAAUGUAUUAAAGAUACAAAUAUUAUAUCACAUUUAUGUGACACAUCAAAAUCUCUUCCAAAUAUUGCAUCAGCCACAGAGCACCCUGCUUAAAAUAUUAUAAAUGUCAACAAUCACAACCUUAUGGUAUUCUUUUUUAUUUUUAUUUUUUCUCAAUUUCUCACCAUACUAAAAUUAAAUUUGAUUGAUGCUGUAAUUUUUGUUCCUGACGAAUCAAAGUCUUUUUCAACGCUGAAUCAAGAAUUGAAAUAUCGUAAACUACUGAAAUUAAUCCUUUUUUGUUUUUGGUUGAAGUAUUAGAAAUACAAGCAUGCAGAAAAUACAGUCAUACAUUCAUCUAACUCAUGAUUUUCACCUUUUCAGUAUUAUAUGUAUAUCAGUUAUGCAUUAGUAAUGGCAUUUUAAUAAUGUCGAAAUCAUUUUAGAAAUCUUGUCUCAAGAACCAUUGCAAUCAACUUUUGUCCUUUUAAGAGAUUCAUUUAAGCUUUUAGAUACAUAUUGCGAAAUUAAAAAUCAAUGAUAGUUGUGAAGAAGCAUUAACAGGCUAAAUUUAUUAUGUUCUUCUGUUCAAGUUUAUUUAAGUAUGUAUGAUAGAUAAACAUGCUUGGCCAAAUAAUUAUUGCACUCAGUAAAUUUUUAUUACUGGUACUUGAUGUGGCAUUCAAAUGUUCAGAUAAUAUAACAACUGGCAACUUCUAUCUCAUAAUUGUAUGUGCCUCUAUAUUUUGAUAUUGAAUAUUAUUGCCAACUAAUUAGUGACGAAACAUACCAAAGUAUAUAUAAACUUUUUUUGCUAUUGCAAUUUUUUUUUCUUAGGUGCCUUUUCCAGUUCAAUUUUAUAUAAAAUUUCUCAUGAAGCCUAAUUAAAAAAAAUGUCAUGUCAUUGUAUAGUUUAACCAAUAGAGCUAUAACAUUUGUUUUUCAUGUAAAGUCUAUAUUGAAGCCAAAAAAACUAAUUUCGUCCCACUGGUUGUAGAAGUAUUUCUAUUUACUUUUCUUGUUUCAAUAUUGAAUUAUUGGUAUUACCUCAGAUUCUAUGGUCUAUAAGCUUUUGUCCGAAUAGGUUAAUUGACAUUGACACAGCUGGUGCUUAAAUUCAUUUCAUUUCAAAAAAGCAGGAGUUCAAUAAUGAGCUUGAAAGCAUCAUAGUAUCAUUGGUACAUGUCAACCAUAGUCCCCAUUUGUUAAUAAUUUGACCUACUCAAAAUUUAUAUCAUGAACUUUUACUGUAUUGUACCACUUUAAUAAUAUUUAUUUUGCUUAUUCCAAAAAUUUUUGAAGAUUAAAAUUGGCGUAAAAUUUGUUCCUGUAGGUUUCAACACGUAUAACCUAUCGAAAAAAGCUUUGUAGUUAUUUCAAUCAAGAUUCUUGAGGAUUACACCGUUGUUUUUAUUGUCCUCAUACCUCUGUCUAAACACUUUUGUAUUGCAUACCACUAAAAUCAGGCAUUAAUUUCAAAACAUUCACCGUCCAUAGCCCUUCAACGAGUGUAUUCUGAGCAUAUCUACUGAUCGAGUUGUUGUUAGAGUUAUAUGUUUGUUUAAUUCUUGUGAAAAUAUCAAUUUUAUUUCCAGUUAAUGCUAAUUCUGUUAUAUGAAUACAAAUAAUAAAACAAGGCCCAUAAUGAGACAUAAAUCAGCAGAUAUUCUCUGAUGUUGUUUGCUGAAACUAUCUUUUCAAUGCCUAUUUAUUCAUCAUCUUGUCAUAAAGUUUGUUAUGUUUUGUUUAUUCCUGCUAAUACUUUUUCAAUCACUGCUCAUUGUUACUUUCAAAAACUUAUUUUUGUUUGUGUUCUAGUGUCUUCCCUAUUUCAUUCAUCCCCAAUCUUCAAUAUUUUCAAGUUUAUGUUGCAUAUUGUUAAUGCCCUAAUGCAAAUCUGUUAUAUUGUAUAAUAAAGAAAUGA